AGAGUCCCCUGAUAGAUGUGGCAUCAUUUGUUUCGAAUUUUCGCUGCCUGUAGUUUGUUUGAUCUAGAGUAUCGAGUACCCUCAUUUUCAUAUAUUUGUUUUCAUUUUCCUCUUUCGCUACCGCUCCUGUAGUCGCUUUUCCCUCCUACAUUCCUAACUGUGGAGAUGAGUGUGUACUGCAUGAGGUUACAAAGAGCAGGAGGAGAUGGAGACGAAUGUAGUACUGAGUGAACACAAUCGUCGUGCAAAACCGACAACAAAGAAGCACCAAACAAGGCUUGUUUUACCAUACGGAUUGCCCUCCUUUUGACAUUGUCCUCCUGUGAUAAACGCAAAGACCCUGCUUUUUUAAUUUUUCAAGCAUUUCUCAAAUCGAAUCCCAACCAUUCAGUACUUAUAUGACCAUGUCAGCUUCCGCCACAAUGCCAUCUACUAACGUCGCGCUCCGUCCUGUAAAGCAUUCUGCGCAGAGCACGCAAAACCGAAUGUUUGACGUCGGGUGAGGAAAUCUUAAUUUGAGUUCAUCAUGGAAACCUGCAUAGUAAGUACUACACGGAGAGUGAGUGUGGAGACAAGAAGUGACGCAGAGAAAGCUCCUAUCCCAGUUCAUCUGCCUACUUACAUGGUAUGAUAUCUUCAACAAAAAUUUUUAUUCCAUUGUAGGCGGGGCCGCUGAAGUGUUUUUUUCCGAUUGCGCUUUUGAACUCUCCACUUGGUACCCACCCAGAUGAGGCCGGAAAUGCACUUGAAGAUCAUGUGCAUCGCCUCUGUGCCACCAGUGGUUCUUUGAUAAUGAUGAAGUGAAUCCGCGUUGUUCUUGGAGGCUGCAGAGCUUUUGGCCGCGAAGGUGGAAGCAAAAGCUUUCUUCUAGAAAGCAGCUGCCAAAAGGAGUAUUCCUGUAAUACAACUUGCGGCAAGAAAUAACAUUAUGUCGUCCACUGGCGUUCGGUCUUCCAGCUCCUCUGAGAGCAUGGUGUCGGCCGGCACCAAGAAGCAGCAGCAGCAGCAGCCGCCGAUCCCCCUGGACCGGCUUAACAUGGUGUCGGAGGGCACCGUGCAUUUUCGGCGCGAAAAGCACGCUUUUGACCUGAAGCAGACGCCCUUUCCCGGCGGCGUCAAGUUGCGGUUUCGUCUCCCGCGGGAGCACGUGUCGCCCAGCCAAGUGAUCGCGGAGCAGGUCACGGUGAUUGCCGAACAGAGCGGGUUUUUUGGCUUCGCGGAGAUCGCCAGUCGCGAACUCAAGUGCAUUGACCGUCGGCGGGACGAGUAUUCCAUGAAGAUUUACCUGCGGGCCGCCGCGGAAAUCCGGAUCUGCAUGAUGCGCAGAAAACCGGGCGCACCGCCAGUGGUCCCGGCGAGCCAACAGUUGGCGGUGCCCGCUAGUGUAGCGCAGCAGCCCGCCGAGCAGCUACCGAUGGCGAUGGACCCCUACAGCACCGCCGCGGCGUCGAAUUAUGGAGGUCACCAGAACCUCACCCCGGCCGAGCAGCAAAUUAUGCAACAGAAUCAGGACAUCAAUGCCACGGGCACUCCAAAGGGCUAUACUUUGGUCGGAGGGGGUGCUUCCUCUGCAAAUGCAAAUGCGGUCCAGUCCGUCAGCUUCGCAAAGGGCACGAAGGCCGGAAACUCCAUCAACGCGCCGCAGGGUCCGCUCCCGGUGCCGCCCAACUUCAACCCCUUGGCGCGAACAGAUGGGGCCGGGAGCAACGGGAAUGCUCCUGGUGGCCCAGGAGGCCCGGUGGGGAAGCAGAAUUUUGACCCGCAAAAUCUGACCAUAGCAGCGCAGCAAGGGAUGAACGGAGUAUCCACUUCUUCCAACCAGCAGCAACAAGGUGGUAGCGGUACAACUAGCUCUUUUCCGCCAGGGAACUUGCGGGGCAAUAACCAGCAAGGGGGAAGUUCUAGUUCCACGUCGAAGCAAUUGCAGCCCGCGAUGAACUCGAAAAACAACGAGAUCGUCGCCCAGCAGCAGCUAUCCCGUGCAAAAGUACUGUGUAUCGCAACUACUUCUCGCAGUCUGGCAUGACGGAUCCGUUUUUCAUUUUCUACCCGAACCUGCAUGAUUCCACUGGGAGUAUAAUUUCUUGUCCCUGCGAAUUAUGGUCCAGAUGUGCCAUUAUACAGCUUUUGCCAUGCAUAGCGGCAACAACUGCAGUCGCUCCAGGAUAUCCCGGACCGGUCGAACUACGAGAAAUUCGGCGAACCCUCCGACUUGACCUGGGCGUACCCCAGCGAGAAGCCGCAGAUGCCCAAAAUCAAGCGGUGGUGGGGGUUCCCCACCAAGGUGUCCGUGUCCUGGGACGUGGACGGAAUGAACCCCGAGGGGGCGCCCAUCGAGGACUACCAGGCGCAGUUUUCCGAGGCGCCCAACUGGUCGCAGCUGUGGAACCCCGAGUGGCGGGACAUCAUCAUCAAAUCCAACCGGUUGAUCGUGACGCAACUAACGCCCGAAUCCGUCUACUGGGUCCGGGUCCGCGCGCGGAACUGCAUCGGGGCGGGCGAGUACUGCCAGCCCUUCGAGAUCGCGACCAGCACGCGGGGGAGGAUAAAAGCUUUGACCCAGGACGAGUCCUCCUUCUACGGCUACAAAACCAACUACCUGGUGGUCGAACUGCAGACUUUGGACCCGGAAGGGGCCCCCGUGGAGCGCGUGAAGGUGGAGAAGGCGAACUACUUCGGCCCGAUUCUGUCCUCCUGGGACGAGCUCGAGCCGGUGGAAACCGUGCAACUCGAAGCGGACGUGUGGCGGGUCGGGCUGCCGACGCUGAGCGUGUCCAGCGACUUGGCGGGCACGCCCGUCCGACUCCGGGUGUCGUUGUACAACGCCGUGGGGCAGAGCGAGUUUUACUACCAUGACACGGAGAUUCCGACGAAGACCGACGCCGUGCAUUUAGGCCGGGAUGAGCCGGGCACCAGCACGGACGAAGACGUGUCCAGUGCGGAGGAGACGCUGACAGCCACGGGGCGGUCAAAAACCGAGGAGCAGUCCUCGUUUUUGGAGCAAACCAGCAGCGGGGUGGGAAUGAGCGACAACUUCAUCAACUUCGUCAAAGCCAUGCACGUGACAAGAGGGCAGUCCAAGGGCGAUCGGCAAAUCCGGAUCAACCUGGUGGCGCAACCCACUGCGACGAGCGUGAUGCUGAGGUAGGGAAAUGGAAUGUCGUGCUGUCUCUCGUCCUAGUAGUCGCUGAGCUGCAACUAGCAGGAAAUUCAAGUUUAUUCUUGGCAGUUUCUUCGGCGGUGUUGCUUCCCGUGAUACAACAUUUACAUGCUUUAUUCAGUGCAAGCUUAAGCUUAAGCUAGCUUUGUUCCUACAAAACCAAAUUCACCCAGGUGUAUGUUCCAGGCACAGCAGGAGAAUCUGAAGGUCCAGCGUUGCAAAAUCGAGUACGGUGCGGGCGGCAACAAGUGGCAGCGGCUCGAGCUCACGCCGGACCUCUCGAACGAGAAGGAGAACGCCAGCACGUCGGCGGGCAGCUUCGAAACGCAACUGGAAUCUCUCGUACCCUCGCAAACCUACCGCGCCCGCGUGGAGUUGAUUCCGACGCUGAAGUCGAAAUUUUCCGUGCCCGACGCGACGUACCUGUCCUGCAUCGGCUACAGCCCGGUCUUCCCGGUGUUCACCAGUUCGGUCGCCCUCGCACCCUGGAAUCUGUCGGUCGUGGAGAAAUCCCCGACCAGCGUGUCCAUUCUGUGCACCACCAACGUGCCGGACGGCGCGGAAGUGACGAAAAUCCAAGUGGAGCAGGAAUCGGGCUGGUCGGGGUGGGAGCGGGUGACCAAAUGCGCGGUCCAGAAGUACGUCCAGGUGAACAACAACCCGCAGAAGGACCUCAAUUUGAACCUGGACGAAGCGUACGAGCAAGACGGCAAUUCGAUCACGCAGGUGAACCCCGGGUCGCUGGAUAACAACAGCCAGCAGCAGUCGUUGGGCGAGGUGGUGACGCCAAACAGCUCCUCCACUUCUUCCAGUCAGGACAUGUUGAACAACAAAGGAAGUAACGGUAAUUACCCCCGGGAAUUCACGAAAAAGCAGAAGCAAUUCCUGCAAGAUUUCUCCAAAGGUGGAGGCUCCUCCGCGACGUCCGGGGACCUGAACCAGAACACCUCUUCUUCUUCUAAACGGGGCUCCCGAGGCGGCUCGUCCAGUAGCGGGCAAAACCAGUCGAAGUUGACCCAGCUGUGGAAGCUGCAGAUCUACGACCUGCAGCCGGAGCAGCGUUACACAUUCCGCCUCGCGGCCAUGAACGCCUGUGGCCGGUCCCCGUGGUCGAGAUCGGUGUUGGCGUCGACCUCCUUACCGCCCAAGCCCUGCUACAAUCUGGAAGUCGUGGGGACGCAGGGGUACGGAGCGAAGGUGCGGUGGACCUGCGACGAUCCGGAGGGAUGUCCGGUCACGGAGUGCCAGAUCCAAAUUUCGGAAGAGGGCGUCUUCAGCAAAUACUUUUUCGCGAAGGGAGAAGAUCUGCAGACCCGGGAGUGGAAGUCGGUGAUACAGGGACUGCUGCCGAACCGGAGCUACCUCUUCCGCGUCGCGCCCAAAAACGCAGUGGGGCUGGGACCAACGGCGCAGUGCGCGGCGGUACGAAUUGAUUGUUGUGCUGAUAGUAAAUUUCAAUUUCUUCUUUUUCUCGCAACGAAUGUGCUUGGUGUUGAAUGUGCUUGCGACCGCCAAAAUUACCUUUUCUCGCUCUCAGGUCUUCAAAACCGCACCAGUUCCAAAACGCGCGCAAAACCUGCGCGGCUGCGCCAACGGCUGCAUUCGGUUCGAGAUGCAGGAUCUUCUCCGCGACGCGCCCGUUCUGGGUUGCAUGGUGGAGUACCGCAUGGUGAGCAAGGAGAAAAAGAAGGAGAAGCGCUUUGCGUAUCGCAAUUACAAGGCGGAAAAGUCGCAGGACACGGGGGUUUUCACCACUUGGGAACUUCCCAAUCUCCCGCCCGGCCUCUAUGUCAUUUCCAUCCGCGGGUUCAACUGCGCCGGGUGGGGCGAGUUGGCCGAGGCCAACGUGGCGAUCAAGGACACGGCCGGGAUCGUCAGCGCCAUCCAGGAUACCGGAUCACUCAGUCCGGAAAUCGCCCGACCCAACCGACGCGGUGGAGCUGCGGGAGGGCAAGGUACUUCUAACCAGGAAGUUACGACCCACAAGUCGAUGAAGGAGCCGGUGAUACGGAAACGGGAAAGAAAAAACCAGAACUUCGGCGGCAACUCCCGGGACGCAGAGCUCGAAUUCAACGUCGUGGGGCGGAAAAAUUUACCGCCCCUGUUCAAGGGGUUGCGGUUUUCCCUAAAUUGGUUUCUGAUGCACGAGGUGCGGAAGGGACACGACAAGUUUUUGUCGAGGAACUUAGUGCGGAGCCUCGUGGAAGACGAUCUCGACGACGAGGCCGUCACCGUGGAGUACGAACCGCGCAACCGCAACGUGACUGGUGACAGCUUUUCCCUCCACAACAUGGAGCCGCUGCAGAUGCAGAUGGCAACGCCGGCCGGCACGAGGAGCGCAACCUUCAACAACAAGGAGCGCAGCCCGAGAAACGAUGGCGCAGGAGGUGGCGGACCUGGAGGGGCUACAAGCAGCUCCGGUCCUCGGCACAGUGCCGUGGAGAGCAGCGGUACUAGUAACCAGGGCUACUUUCCGAUCUCCGCGCAGAGUGUCGUGGAUAACAAUUUGCUCCCCGCGUUUCCGCAGGAGAUCGUGACGGUAACUGCAUCCAAUUUCCACCUACUCGACGCGAAUCAGGAAUACGUGCCGCGGAAGUCGCAAAGACUGGAAGACUUGGAGCAGGAAAGACUAAUCCGGUACAACAUCGCCAACGCACUGAACGACGGCGACGAUGGGCUGCAGAACCCCGAACACUGGCUCGUGCGCUUUUCGGAUUUCAUGAUGAAGAUCUACAAAAAGCCGAGGUCUACAAGCAGUCCGAAACCGAAAGAGAAAAAGAAGAAGAACAAAACUGCUGCAAGUGGAACUACCGCUGCUGCGGAGCAAGUAAACCUGCAAAAUCCCCAAGGACAAAACGCGGCCACGGACUUACUUGACGAUACCGCGUCCGUCGGUGCGCCGCCGUCCGAGGCAACCACUGCGGGGGUCAGCGAGACAACCGCGGUGAGCAGCGCGGUGACGGACGAUGUCGUAGCCGGUAGUAGCAGAGCCGGCGCCGAGACGCCGAAGGACCCAGUCAGUGGCGGGGAGAAUAACGUUAACCCGUCGGGGACGUCGGCCACGACCAGUGGGGGAGAACCUGGAGUGGAUGCCAAAAAUCCGGGUGACGUGGGAGUUGUUGAAAAGAGCCCUGCUCCCCAGGGUUCAUCAUCUUCCUCGCGAGCGGCCGCCGGCCCCAAAUUCCAGCACGCAGACGACCACGACGGGAAUGACAAGAGUAGCGAUGACUCGGACAGCACAACCCAGCAAGGCGCGGUACUGAAGGAGAGAUUCCGGCACGUGGCCACCACCAGCUCCAUCACACGGAACGACGGCCUCCUCGGUGCGGAGCGGAAGGUCAAGGCGGAACGGGCCGAGACCAUGGCAGAGUUUCUGUCCGGCACGGGAGACCCCAGCAGCGGAAACAUCGACACCAGUCCGACCAGCGGAACAGUUGUACUUGGCUCGAACAGUAAACCGGGUUCGAAGAAAACUACGACUGAAGCAGGAAAUAACGCAACAAGUGUCGAUGGCGAACAAACCAGCGCGGCCACGUCGCCGGCGGCAAACAAACAAGCGACGCCAAAGAGCAAAGCAGGCACGGGUGCAGCUACUGGAUCCACUUCAACACAAUCCGCUCCCGGAGGCGCAGCAACUCCGAAGGCCAAAGCCGCCGUGGCGGCGGUAGUUACCGCGGGCAAAAUCGCGGGCGCAGCGGCGCAGCAACCAGCGCAAACGUCCUCCGAGCAGGCCUCGACCAACAAAGAAGAGGAUGCCGCGAAGAAGAAUCAACUUACGAAGAAGCAGCUCCUCGCCCAGUCCUACACGGUGCGAGAACGCGUACAGGCCUUGGGCCUGUUCUACGUUUUGCGAUCCUGCAUCAUUCUGCUUCACGACAGCCUGCACUGGAUGGAGCGGGCGUCGCUGGAUCACCUGUGGGGCGCGAUUUUCGAGUCGCUGGACGGCAAGAUGCUCGCCGACUGGCAAACCCGGAAGGAAGAGUGGAACGAAGCCUGGCUCCAGGCGCUGCAGGAGCAUUUGCCAGAGGUGCUGCGGCUGUGCGACCACAUUCUGCACGGCGUGGAUUUGGCGUUUCUGUUGAAGGAGCGGGUGGAUCUCCUGCAGUGUCUCCGGGCGUUGGGGCAGGGGUACUUGGCGCAACAGAAGCGACUGAUGUCAAUCCGAGCGGUGUUGCUACUCGGUGCGCAGACGGCCGUAAACAACGCCGCAGCAGCCGCGGGACAGCCGAGCAGCAACCUGCAUCGCAAAGGGUCGCAAUUGGUGCUGGACAAAACCACGCCGGCAACGAACAAAACCUACAGCACGGCCGUGGCGAAGGGGGUGGUGAGUGAGAAGACGAACUUGUCAAAACAGAGCUCGAAAGAGCUAGUAGGGAUAAAUACCAGUAACAGCGAGACAGAGCAAAACAAUCUGUUGCAGCUGAAUACCGACCUAGUGUCUAGCGGAGCCACAACUUCAGUGGUUCCCGCCAUCGCAGUGCAAAGAUCCCCCUCUGCGGUCGUGCCAGAAGACCAAAUCAUGGAAUACAUAUGCAUUGCUGCAAAAAGUUCUAUCGUAUUAGGUGGCUUAGUGGUCGUGAUUGAAUCACAGAGACAAAAUGAAAUUUCUCAUGCAGAUUGAUUAAGGUAAAGAUGAACACCAACACGUUUAUUGUGAUGCAAAAUCGCAAUCACUUGCUACGAGUCUCCGAUACAAGAACUUUUGCACAGGAUAACACGACGACGCGAGCAACAUUAUCCGCGCGAAUUCCAGUUCCGGCGACGGGGCGGGUCUCGCGGGGCUGGAUAGCAACGGCGCGCAUCCUGUGGCGGGGGAAAAUGGCGAGCAGAAAAGCAAUCGCGCCGUUGUCCGCGAUCGGAAAAACGGAAACAAACAAAGCGAUGAUGAGAACAGCGACGACGGAUUGUCGAACCCAAAUGUUUUUUCCCCCAGGGGAGACCAGAUUCUUCAAAAUGACCCUGAAGAUCAGACGACCGCGCAAGAACAAGGAGACGCCAACUCCUCUUCCCCCGCACAACUACAGCAAGAGGUGAAGCAGCAGCAGCUGCACGCGAAUUUGUCCCACAUCCCCGGGGAGUCCUUCCUGGGGAAGGUGCAGCACUCGGUUCUCGGUUUCGCCGCCGGGCUGGUGAUGCCGCUGCCCGGCGCGUUGGAGGUGUGGGCGAUUUCGAAUGUGAUGCUGUGGAUGAGCGACGACAUGCGGUUUUUGCUGUUGGAGGACCAAACGGUCGAAUCGUUGCGGAACCGAGUCUGUCCGGUCGUGGAAACGAGGAUAGAGCAGAUGAACGUCGUGCCGAUUGAUAUGGAAAAACUGAGGAGUGACACCUUCGAGGACGCGGUUGAGGAGGUGACUGAGGACGCAGCAACGACAACUACGUCCCCUGCAGGUAAGAGCAAAGCCGCAGUUGCAAAUAAAAGCCCCGAGGGUGAAGUGGCAUUGAACACCGGCAGCAAGCAGAAGAACCAGCAAACUGCAAAGCGCCCACCGACGUCUCCCGAGCAGCAGCUCGUGCAGGUGAUCGAGCGCCGCGGGUACUGUUUGACGGCGCCGCACACCCUGGUCAGCCGGGGGCUCGCGCAGGGUAGCUACGACACGGGCCUCGAUCAGAUGAACGGGUGGCACAGCGAGUUUGAGUCCCAGAUUUCCGCCUACCUUCACGGGACGCGGCGGCGCGUGCUGAUCUGCAACCAAACCUGCCGGUGCGUCACGCUUCGGUUUGAAUCUUACGACGGGAUUGUGCAGAAAACGGUCGGGUUAGUAAUGUCGGCCCACCCGAUGACAAAAUUGGUCCUCGGCGGGAUCACGUCCGCGAGCCGGAUGAACAGCGAGGAGAUUUUGUUGUGGCCUGGGCAGGUGUUGUGUCUCCAGGUGCCGUUCGUGGCGAGUAAAGAGAACCGGAACGCGUACAUCGCGGAAAAAAAGGCGGAGAUCAAGGCGCUGUUGGCGGAAAGGGAGGCGGAACGCAGGUUGAAAAAGGAGCAGCAACUGGCUCUGCAGCCACCGGAAGUGGUACAGAUUGUGAACACGGAGAUAACGGAUGUCGACGCGAACCACUUCGAAAGUAGCAGUAGAAGUGGCGGUCCCGCGCACAGCAAAAUGAACAAUCCAGAAGAAACCACCGCUGGUGUAGUACCCGACGAAGUGGCCGAUCAGAACAUGGUGAAAUCUCCUUCCAAUACCUCUUCAAAACAAACCGCAAAUAAUAACAACGAAUCUGCCUCCAAGGCAGUCGACGACAGCGCAAUCAGAUCGCCAGAUAACGAUUUAUCGCCGAAGAACAAAUCCUCCAAAUUGACAAACAACAAAGCCACCCCGUCCAGCAGCAAGCAGACGGACACGCACAUCACGCCCGGUGGGGUCGUGCACCAUCGUAACUCCGUGGAUUCCCACGACUCUGAGGAAAAGUGGAGUCCCGCGGUGGAGAAAUCAACUGAUUUAUUGCGGGACGGACAGAAUAGUAGCAGAAACGAUGACGGGACAGAAAAUGUCGAUGAUCCCGGGACGAGUCUUGACUACGGAGCUGCAGGCACGACACUAGAUGGUGGCGAUGAGUACGGGUAUGGUGGGUUAAUUCACCACAGUCUCGAUGGGGACGGGUUGGGACUCUUAGGCCUGGACAAUGAGGACGACGACAACAACAGCAGCCACUUGUCCAGUCCGAACACCAAGAGCCCAACGAAGCAGACCGCGGACGUGGAGAAGGAUCUGAACGAGAUGAAUCAGAAUCUUCAAAACGAGCAACCCACCUCGAAAACCGACACGGAAACCUCCAAUUCCCCGAAGAACGAGGAGGAAAAGGAGCAGAAACUCGUGAUUCCCGAGCCGGAAGACGACGAGAAUUACCAGCCGGAGGAGGAGGAAUACCUGAAAUGCCACUUGAAGUUCUACUUGGAGAAGGGAGUCGUCGCCACGGUGGAUGCGAGCCGGACGUCCAUUCACACGCUGGCCCGGCUAGAUUGCGGGAUCAGCAUCCACCUGGGCGGGCCGAAGGACGGCAUCGAGGUGCAGAACCACGGGUACAUCCCCGUGUUGGUGAAGCUGUGGCUGAAGUCCGCCCGGAUGUUCGACGGGGCGAUCUACGAAACGGGGAUGGAUCUGUACGACACGAUCUUCAUCGAAAACAAAAACAUCUCACCGGACGAAAAACUCCAGCUCGAGAUCAAGGAAAAGGUGGACAAAAGUUUGAUCCACACCGCCCGGUCGGAGAUGAUCGAAAUUCCUGCGAGUUGCGGUUUUGUGGUCAAAAUCAACGGGUUCGUGUGAAAGAAAAAGUGCUGCCGCGUAUUGAUGUUGCUCCUUGUUGUGUUUCCCUGUGUGGGUGGCGGUGGAGAGCAGGACGUGCGUCAACCAUUUUUCGUCAAAGAAGUUUUUCAACCGAUAAGUACAACCUCCCCUCUUGCACUCCAAGGUGGCGGAUUUUCCUCAUGCAACUUCUGGGAAAGUGUGCGUGAAUCGUGCUGUUAGGGAGUACAACAGCCCUGCGUGAACUUCGAUUUUCCAUUUCCGAGCUAUCCGGAUAUAGAAGUAAAAAGACACAGGAGCAGUCUCUUUUUUCGAAACGUGAAAUGGUAAAAAUCUUGUUUCGUCGAUUCUCACAGUUUGUUGUCACAGUGAAUUACAAAGCAGAGCUUGUUUUGAAAAUAAUUUCCAAUCGUCACAGGAAAAAUAAAAACCACCUUCGAUUUGAUACUGUCAAAGACCAUCAAGAGGAGUGAGAAGAGAAAAAAAUAUUGGUCAAAGCAACCAUAAGUCAAAGAAACCGAUUGUAAGCGUGAAACUCUGAUGAAGAGUUGUAAGGUGCAAGUAACCGACCUGGAAAUUUCCGAGAAAACGUAAAGCAAGAAGAUGAGGAAGAAGUAAAAAGAUAAGCAAAAAUUGCGAUUACUUGGCAACGUGGCUGUGCCUCGUUCCAUGAGGCUGGAGGUAGUGC